AUGCCACACUACGCACCAACCCCUUGUCCACUUGUUUCACCUGCCCCUCGUUUCUUCAGAGUUCACCUGCCAUUUGAGCCAGUUUCACUGAAUCCUCCUUUACCUGCCUAUCAACUGUCCUCGUCAGGGCCCUACAUCCCCUCUCGCCUCUCCUCCUACUCGGACCCAGUGAAUCUGUUCCAGUCGGCCUCAUCUGCCCCCAAUGGCUCCAUCUUCCUCAACCCCGCAUCGCCCACUGCAUCAUGGGGAGCAGCCUUCGUACAGAAGCCCAUCACUCUCUUUCUCCCUACCAGCCAAAAGACCCCCUGUGACCAGCCCAUAUCAUUUAAGGUAUCGUUCGCAUUCCGAAUGACCCCCGCUGCUGCAGCUGCUGGUUCAUCCACAGCAGGCGAGGGCCUGGCGUUUGUGGUGACUGUAGCGGCACCGCAGGGGGCUGCAGCAGGGAGUGUGGGGCUGGGAGGGGUGGGGAGGCGGAGUGUGGCGGUGGAGUUUGACUCGGUGCUGAGUGUGAAGCACAGCGACCCCAACGACAACCACGUGGGCGUCAAUGUGGGCGGCUCACCUGUGUCCCUCGCCUCUGCCACGGCCCCUCUCAUCCUCAACGACGCCCACACCAAGCACUCAUGGAUCCACUACGACCCCACCAGCGGCGGCACCCUCCGAGUCUUCCUCUCAGCCUCCAGUCAGCAGCCGCUGAAGCCUGUGGUCACAGCGAGAGUGUCGCUGUGCAGCGUGCUCAAGCCCACCAUGGGCAAUCCCUCAUUUCUUUUCGGAUUUGUGGCAACCUCUAUCAACAACACUCAGAGGCACGACAUCCUCUCAUGGAAGAUUGAUACUGGCAGUAAAUUCGGGACGGUGGCAUCAGCAGAGGAGGUGGCAGCAGGCGGUGAUGGCGAGAGUGUGGCAGUGCCAUUCCACUUUGCUAGUCUCUCCUUCCUCCCCACUGCGGACGGUCUGCCUAUGUGGAAGCUUCCGGCUUUUGUCACCUGGAUGCGACCCACGGCAACAUGGCCUGUCAAGAACCAGCAUGGAUGCGCUGACUCCUCAGCAAACGCAGUGGUAGCAGCAGUGGAGGCAGCCUACAGCAUCAUGGAAAGCUUGUUUCAGCCCCCCCGGCUGUCGGUGGAGCAGCUGCGGGUGGCCCUGUCGUCCAACUGUGACGACAUGCCUCCGCGCGAUGUGCUGGCCUUCCUGGUGGCUGCCACGCGCAAGGGAGGGGGGCUCGUGGAUGACGCAGCAGCAGCAGCAGCGGCCGCCAGUCCCCACAGCAUGGCGUCCGCCGGCCGGCGCGAGCGACUGGCCGCGGUGAGUCGCAGUGCGUGGGGGUG